GUUUGUUUGACCUACUAUGUUUGACAAACCAAAACCAACAACCGUCAACUUGUGUUGAAAGAAAGUGUUUGCUGCGGCGUGAGCUGUUUGUACUAGCCCUGACCUUUCCAUCUAACAUUCUCAUAGUGGAGCCCAGAGUCCUGGACUGCACUGAGUAUUGGGGGUUUCACCCUUGAGCGAUGACUGGAUUCAACGCUAGGAUUUGUUCAGCUCGGAUUCGUGGACAGUAAGGCAAUAUGUCCGAUCCCGGCGACGACAAUACCGCUGCGUACGACCAAGAGUUCGAAGUCGAGCGGAUUCUCGCUGAGCGUGAGCGCAAUAGCGAGACUAAGUAUCUCGUCAAGUGGAAAGGAUAUGGUGAUGAGGAAUCUACUUGGGAGCCUAAAAGGCAUUUUAUCGGCCGGAAAAUUCUGAAAUGUUGGGCGAAACAGCGAAAGAAAGGGGAUUUUCUAGACGAGCAACAGCUUGAAUCGCUUGAAGGGCGUAUGAAAGUUUUCGCAGAAGCAAAAGCGCGGAAAGAACGUCGGGCGGAAUUGAGACGACUGGCCGGAUGGGAUGUCUCGAAACGAACAUCCAGUCGGAUGCCAAAGUCCGAGUCGCCAGAAACUCCAUCCACUGCGAAGCGACCACGAGGAUCUCUACAAACCGCAGACCAGCCAGGAGCCAAGCGACUACGAGCAUCUCGUUCACCACCUAUCAAAUCUCGUUCACCAACGAUCAAACCUCGUUCACCAACGAUCAAAUCUCGUUCACCAACUAUCAAAGAUGAAGCUGCAGAGGGCUCCGGAGUGAUGGAGGCGGAUCCUGCACAGCUGCUACAUCGACCAAAUCCAACGGUGACGAAAGCAGCCUCCACGCAGGUGACGUCGAAGCAAGUUGGUACAAAUCCACCUCUCGCAUCAACCGGACAUCUGGAAACCGCCCACGCUCCUGUCCCUCCUCUGCCCUUAGCGCAAGUCAGCGGUGUUUCGUGCCCAAUGCUGGAAGCGAAGGAAGGAGAAACAAACAUUCAGGCCGAUCAAGCACCCAAGCAAAAUAAAACUUAUGUGAACCCGAUCCACGAACCCAAACAGAAUAAGCAAGGCGGCUCGACCACAAAACCUGCCGGAAAACGGCCGGGGAAUGCUGAUGCUGCGUCGAUCGCAACAAAUACGGAAAACAGCAAGGCAGGGCAGAGAUUCAAAAGCUUGAGACAACAAAACCAACACGCCAAACUAGCAUAUCGAGAACCUGCGCCAGAUAUUUCAAAGCUCGAUCUCAGAGAACCGGAUGCAUGGCCUAUAGCCGGAAGUGAGCAUGUAUCUAAACUUCAAGACGCUGCUCCCAAAUUUGGACGCGAAGAUUCUCCCCUUUUUGUCCCCGAAGACAAUGAGACGGAAUUGCCUCACUUAGAGAUUCAGCAGACGCGCAAAGAGACGCCCAACAGUCCCACUCCGAGGCUGCCUAUUGAUGCACCACUGUCAGCCAUGGGAAUAUCCCCAAGCAUGCCAACAGCAUCCUCGGCACCUGAGAGUCCUCCUGCGAACGAAGUCUCAUUGAAGAGGACACGAGGAAACACCUUGAUUGAGACGCGACCUUCAACUAUCGGGUCCAAGUCACGCGACUCGAUACCAUCUACGGCACCAACAAACCCCUUCGCUGAAAGACGGCCACCCCCCUCCGGCCAACGUUCGAACAGCGCAAAUGUAGCACCAGCGCCAAGGCAUGAUCAUGCCAUUGUGGGUUCAACGCCUAUUGACACCUCAGCUGUUCAGCCACGACCCGUGCCUGUUUCUGGCGCUCAUCAUUCCGCUAAAGAGUCGAUGAUUUCGAGACAUGCCCGAUCCACUGCUAGAACCACAGAUCACGGAACGGCCGUUGAUUUGGAUGUUUAUCUACGUUUUGAGGAUCAUGAUGUAGGUAUUGUGACCUUAGCUGGCAUACCGAGGUGGCUGGAUCGCAAACUUCGAGGCGCAAAAGAACGACGUGCAAGCCUUCUAACAAUUGAUUUCAAGAAGAACUUGGUUAUGAAUGCGCAACGGUUUUCUGAGGUUUCUGCAUUGUUGAAACAGAGGCGGCACGGGACGUUCCCAAUCCAUGCCUCAGGUGAUAGGCUGCCAGCAACGGAAAACCUAAGCAAAUAUCUGAACGAAAAUGACCUCGUCGCCGUCUGGGAAUAUCCAGAACCCCAGGAUAGUCUUAUCCUGAUUCUGCACUCGAGUCGAACUCCUGCAUGGGGAGGCUUCAGGGAAGAGAGGGUCGACGCAUCUGCAUCCCCUUUGGAGUUUGUUAUUUGCAAUAAGCUACCUAGGGUCCAUCUGGAGAAUGAUGCAGCAAGGCCCCGUAAGGUCCCUCAUCCUACUGGUGAACGAGAUACAGGAUCGCGUGUGACAGAGCCUAAAGCUUCACAACCUGCACUUCAACUCACUGUCGGAGACGAUGUAGCCGCGUACGCACAGAGUCCAGUCGAACUGUCAGCAUCAACACCACCUCCAGCAUUGGCAAAUGGAGGGACGAGUUCGAUGCUAUCCCAAGUGCAUGGCCCAGUCAAGUUGCCGACAUCAUAUCCAAGAAAAGCAACAGCAAAGGCAGAUGAAGGUGCAAAUUCAGUGCAGACGCGAGCAUCCAGCGGUAUACUAAGCCCAUCUGAACGUCCAACGGCUCACGAACCUGCCAACGAGCCUGAGAUGGUGCGACUGCCGUCCCCGGCGAAUUUCGAGAAGUUAUUUCCUGAUGCGGAUAUAUCACAACGCAAGCCGCGGGUAAUGAUAUGCUUUGGGCAGUCUAACCAAAUCGACGCUUCCGCUGUGAAAAAAUUGCUGGAUACACACAUGAAUAGUCAUCGGGUUUUCAUUGAUUCGGUGAAGGACGACUGGGAAGAGUUUCAGGAAGACCUGUCCAAUAGGGUUGCGGCUAUACUGUUCCACGAGAAGCACAGAACAUAUUGCGAUCUUCCGGAUUUCCACAAAGUCCUCCGAUUUCAAAAUGUUUCCUGUUACGAGCUUUCGUUUCCAUUACAGCUGCUCGAGCCGAAGCAGCCCAAGCCUGAUCAGGGGAGUCCUGGGAGUCUCUGGCCGAGACUCUUCCCACGAGGGAUGGUUUUGUGCAUCACCGAAGACACUUUAAUCCGUCACCCGGAAGCGGCGUCGUGGGUAAUGAAUUGGUUCGAAAUGCAAUCUGCGGGCAAGGGCAAAGUGUCAACCUGGAAGUUAGCCCUUCUCCCAGACAUCUGUUCCUGGCUCCUACGCAAGGCGAAGGAGAGCGAUGGGAAAAUGCCGGAACGGUACGUCGAAAUUGUUUUAGCCGUCGAACGACUGAACUUUCGGUCUUUGGAAGCGUCGUGGUGCAAUACAGGUCGUGGCGAUACCCCGGUUGAAUUGGCUCUCUCCCGCUCCUGGGACCGGAGCUCCAAAUACAUCCAGUCACCCUCGGCAUUACCAGCCUAUGGAGAUUGGGACUCUGCGGAUUUCUGUGACAAGGCUGUGAAGGCGCGGGACAAGAAAUUGCUUGAAUGGUUCGUGGGGUGGGCGGCAGCGAAUGCUCAUCGCCAUCGGAGAUUCAUUGUUCUAGACUCGACCCGCAACAACGAAACAGAAAAGCAUUCGUGGCACGUUGACUUCCAAGAUCCCACUUUGUUUGUGAAAGAAUGCGAGGAAGCGAGAAAGCGAGAGGAAGUGAAGAACCGAGAGGAUGGGAAGCGGCGAGCUUGAAUUUCUCGCGCGCUGAGUCUUGGGGUUUCGCGAUGUGAAAGAGACUGGCGCAUUCAUCCUUGUUCCCACAGGAGGGGAAAUGGGCCCUGAAUGAUUUUGGAUUCUCUGUUGUGUACUCAUUAGCGAAAAGACCUGCGUCGGUGCCGGAGUUGGGUGGGAAGGAAGGAAGGACAGCCUUUCCUCACAAAAGUGGCCCCCUGGUCACAGUGUUCGGAUUCACACAUCAACCUGCAAUGCCGGCGUUUGGUCGCUCGAUGGUUUGCGAGCAAGCAGUGACUACAAAAAGCAGGCACCUUUACGACGCAUGGAUAGCCACUCAUGAGACAAUAAAAGCAAAUUUAUAUCAACA